CUUUCGCAAGAACAGAAGGAGGAUAUCGAAAGAAAUCUCGGUUUACAAAAAGAUGAGAUACAGAUCUAUUGCUUCGAAGAUCAUCAGAAAGCCUUGACUCAAGCUUGUGAGAAGGCCAUGAAGCUGUCUUCGUAUGAAGCAGUCGUUUCGUUCGAAUCACCCGAGGGAUUAUUGGCCCCUAGCAAGGAACCAGCUAAAUCCAACAAGAAACCGCCUGCCCAAUUGAAUAUCGCUGAAACCUCCAUCGCGAUCAGCGGCCCUAUGGAGAAAACUUGGUGGUGGCACAGGCCAGGUGGCAUGGGAAGCGAUGAGAAUGGGCAACGAUACGACUCGUCGUCCGAAUCAAGUCAGGUUGUUCUGGCAGUAGAAGAAAGAUUCCAAUGGCAGGCAGGCAACUUCAUGGGCAAUGCUCAGGCUCAAGUGAAACUUGAAGAUAGUGAUGUGACGCUGGAUGGCGGAAUCUCGGCGGCUACUGCUCUUGCAAAGAAAGACGAGCGAGCCAUGCCCAAUGGCUCCAAGUCUCCAGCACAAACUUCAGCUCUAUUAGAUGAUAAUACUUCAUCUGUGGAGAACGGAAAGGGUGCCAAGCGAAAGCUUCAGUUCCACCAGGGAGGCAAACAAGGAACAGCCGUAACGGAGGGAGGGGUCAAGGCAAAGGCAAAGAGAAUGUGGAGACGAUGGGAACCAGCAGAGGAUGAGGCGCUCAAGCAAGCAGUGCGGAUGCACGGUACCAAGGACUGGAUUUCCAUCCAAUCGGCAAUGAAAACUGACAGAUCUAUUAAGCAGCUGCAGGACCACUGGAACGAUCUCAAGCAUGAUAGGAAGCACAACAAGAACUGAUGCUUCUGCUGUCUCAGAAAGCCGACGCGAUUGAUGUAAUUUGAAUCUUGGUAAUUGAAUAACUUGUUUACGUCG